AUGAAGUUAGCUAGUAUUUUUGCUGCAUCUUGCGUCCUUUUAGCCGCUAUGGCUCAAGCCAAGCCCGUUUACAACCGGGGUCCAACUGGUCCUAACGGCGUCAAGUAUGUCAAGGGUCGCCAAUUCGAUCGCAUCUUUCAAAUGGUUCUUGAAAACCACGAUGUUUGGCCCGUUCACGCCGAUCCCUGGUUCGGUGAAUUCUGGAAGAAGGAUAAUCAUCGUCUUCUCGGUAACUACCACGCCAUUACUCACGUUUCUCAGCCCAAUUAUAUCAAUAUGAUUGCCGGUUCUGAUUUUGGUGAUAAUCUCUACAAUGCUGUGGAUGGCAACCCCGAUGCCAUGUCCAACAUCGACAUCCUCGCCGGUUCUGACUUCCCUGUCACCUUCCCUGAUAGUACCAAGACCAUUAUUGAUGUCUUGGAGGAAGCUGGUAUCUCUUGGAGAGCUUAUGCUGAAGGCUAUCCUAUCAGACAGGGAUGUGACUUUGACUACUUACCUGGUGUACCUGACUUUGUCUGGACCGAAGGCAACCACACCUAUACUCGCAGACAUUUCCCCUUUAUCUCUUUCCCUAGCAUUACCAGUAAGCAAGAGCGUUGCAACAACCUCUUCAACUCUGACCAAUUCUUUGAGGAUUAUAAGAAUGGUGAACUACCCCAAUAUAUUUACUAUGUUCCUAACUUGGAGAACGACAUGCAUGACAGCAACACCACAUAUGGUUCUCUUUACAUCCAAAAGACCUGGAGCAAGAUUUUUGAGGAAGAGUACUUUAACGAAAAUGCUUUGAACAUCUUGACCUUUGACGAGUCUGCCAACUUCACCUUGAGUGAUAUGAACAACCAGAUCUACACCACCAUCUGGGGGUCUGGUGUCGAGACCAAGUCCACCUGGGAUCACAUUGACUGGGCUUACUACAACCACACUUCUCUCAUCUCCACCAUCGAGGAUAAUUGGACCGGUAAGAUCGGCCAACUCGGCACUAAUGACACCUUUGCUAAUGUUAUUAGCGUCAAACAACCAUGGACCAAUUAG